UAUACGGCCUGGUCUUGCGAGGCCUCGCCGGAACCGGAAGUGCGCGGCUCACCCUGGGCGGAAGGGUCUCGCGUCCCCAGCCUCCUUCCGCUUCCGGUGCUGCUGCUGCCCGGCUCGCUCGCACCCAGCGUGCCAUGGCGCUCUUCGAGCAAAUGCGGGCCAACGUGGGGAAGCUGCUGAAAGGGAUCGACAGGUACAACCCGGAGAACCUGGCCACGCUCGAGCACUACGUGGAGAUCCAGGCCAAGGAGAACGCCUACGACCUGGAGGCCAACCUCGCCGUCCUCAAACUGUAUCAGUUUAACCCAGCCUGCUUCCAAACCACGGUGACUGCCCAGAUCCUUCUGAAAGCACUGACCAACCUGCCCCACACAGACUUCACACUCUGCAAGUGUAUGAUUGACCAGGCUCGUCAAGAGGAGGAACCCAUCUGUCAGAUCUUAUACCUGGGUGAGCUGCUGGAGACCUGCCAUUUUCAAGCUUUCUGGCAAGCACUAGAUAAGAACAUGGAUCUUCUGGAUGGAAUUACUGGUUUUGAGGAUUCUGUAAGGAAAUUCAUCUGUCACGUGGUGGGGAUCACAUACCAACACAUUGACCACUGGCUACUGGCUAAGAUGUUGGGGGAUCUCUCUGACAAUCAGCUCAAGUCUUGGAUGAGCAAAUACGGCUGGACCGAGAGCGAGCCGGGGACGAUUUUCAUCUGUAACCAGGAGGAAAGCAUCAAGCCCAAAAACAUUGUGGAGAAGAUCGAUUUUGACAGUGUGUCCAGUAUCAUGGCUUCUUCACAGUGAGGUGGCUUCUUCCAGUGACUUUUCCCCUCGUUGGCCGUUGCAUUUCCCUUUAACUCUUCCUGUUUUAAGAGAAUCUGGCCAAUAAAGGAUACUAACCAGCCUUUCUA